UGUCAGAUGCAGGUCUCAUAAGGGGAUAGUGAACCAAACGGGACGGACACGAGCCGCUCCGUAAACCGUUAACUCCGGUUGAAAAGGGUCUCUUCGCUCCAGACCGGCUCACUACCGGCUGUUUUCAUACACUUUCUGGACCGUAAAGUUCACGUUUUUCAUCCGAGCCGGUCUCCGGUAACGAUGCGCGGCUCUGCUAGCUAAUGUUAGCCGCCGGAGAGCUAGCGUUCAUCGGAGAAAAGUAGCGGCGUCCCCCGGUCCGAGUGUCGGCUAAACAUGGAGAAAAGCGGCCGUUUGUCCUGGUUGUACCAUUACCUCCAGGACCCGCAGCUCGUCGCCCGGUUUCAGAAGGUCUGCGGGGUCCAUGGGACGUUUUCCAGGACCGGCAACGGCGGCGGUAAAGACCGGAGCCACUCACACAACAACGGGGCUUGUCAUCACCUCUGCACCGAGGGACAUGAGAGCGACAACCCGGCCAUGUUCGGAGCCGGGGAAGGGGAGACCGGGGCUCGGAGGAGGACCGCCGGGCUGGACGGAGAGACCCCCAGCCCGAACCCCAGCCUGACCCAGAACGGAGCUCCAGCCGGCGGAGACACCCCGGUCCCGGUGGGCAGUAACGGCAUGAAACCCCUCCGUAAGAACUCACUGACGGGCGACGUGGGCCAGGAGUUCCUGAUCGAGAACCGGUUCUUGUACUACCUGUUCACGUUCGGAACCGAGCUGGGGAACGAGUUGUUCUACAUCACUUUCUUCCCGUUCGUCAUCUGGAACGUGGACGCCUUCGUGGGCCGGCGGAUCAUCAUGCUGUGGGUGUGGGUCAUGUACCUGGGCCAGUGCACCAAGGACGUGAUCGGGUGGUCCAGACCCGCGUCCCCACCCGUGGUCAAGGUGGAGAUGUUCUACAACUCUGAGUACAGCAUGCCGUCCACGCACGCCAUGUCCGGGACCGCCAUCCCCUUCUCCCUGUUCUACAUGACCUACGGCCGCUGGGAGUACCCGUUCUCUAUGGGAUUCAGUCUGGCUCUGUGCUGGUGUCUGCUGGUCUGUGUCAGCCGGAUCUACAUGGGGAUGCACUCGGUCCUGGAUGUGAUAGCUGGAGUCCUGUACAGCGUUAUGAUCCUGGCUGUCUUCCUGCCGGCCCUGGACCUGAUCGAUGACUUCAACCUGACGUACCGCUACGCCCCGCUCAUCAUUGUGUCGCUCCACCUGGGCCUGGGCCUCUUCUCCUUCACCCUGGACACCUGGAGCACCUCCCGGGGCGACACAGCCCAGAUCCUGGGCACCGGCGCCGGCGUGGCCCUGGCCUCCCACGUCAACUACCACCUGGGCCUCCUGCCCGACCCGACGUUGGACCAGCUGCCCCUUACCGCCCCGUCCCUCAGCCUCGGCCUGGUGGGCAUGGCCAUGCUGCGGCUGGUGCUGGGCGUGCUGGUUCUGAUGGGCACGCGGGCGCUGAUGAAGGCCGUCACCAUCCCGCUGGUGUGCUGGGUGUUCGGCGUGCCCAGUGACGAUGUGAGGAAGGCCCGGCAGCACAUGGAGGUGGAGCUUCCUUACCGCUACAUCGUGUACGGGACAGUGGGCUUCAACGUGCUCUUCCUCGUCCCCUUCCUCUUCAGCUGUGUACACCUGUCCUGAUUGGACGUUAGGUUCUCUAUGCGUUCACCAAUCGCUGAGCUCCUCCUGAGCCGGCAGCCGGAACCUGAACUCUGAUCUGAUCCGGAUGCUGGUGCGUUCUGGUCCUGGUGAAUCAGGGCUCAACGUGUGAUGGAAGCGACGCCUCUCGGUUUCAUUCUUUACGUUUAUUUAAAUCAAAUCAAACAGAGACUCUGCUAUGGCUGGACGUCUACCACUCCUCAACCACAUAAAACUGUAAAAAAAAAAAACAGUUUCCAGUGGCUUAAAGAGACUGAAACGCCACUGAAAACCUCUGAGUCUUCAAGGGUUUAUCAUAAAGAUUAUUAAGAACCUCAGAGUCGAACAUCACCGUCUGUAGAGUCACCUGUUCUGUGUUUCUAUAUCAAACCCAGUGUGAUUCUUUCUCUUGUCAUUGUCAGUCUUCAUCUUAUUGUUUUCACAUCUUGAAGCAAUAAGAUCCAUAUUAUUACUAAACCCUGUGAAUAUUGGACUAAACGGUGUCUGGUUUCUUCCCAGGAUGCUGCUGUGUUUUCAGUUUCCCGAGGGCCGAGUGCUUCCUGGUAAAUUUCCAUCACUCCUCACCAGGUUCGUCCACGUUAACAACAAAAGCUUCCAGUGGCCUGAAGAGACUGAUUAUCCACUGAUGUCUACUGAAAAGCUGUGUCUUUGUCUUUAUGGGAUUAUUAGUAAGAGUUUAAGUCUGUCAGAAGAGUCACAUGACAUUUCUUUUUUUCUUUUUUUUUUUUUAAUAUUUGUCUCACAUCUAGAAGCAAUAUGAUCCAUUUAUUUCCUAAACCCCGUGACUCCACCCACUGGAUGUUUCUUUUAUUGUCAGAUCCGAGGUGAUGACAAGGCACAUAAGAUCCAGAACGGAAGGAAACGUCACUUUAUUUGGGAACAUACAGAGAUGUUUUAUUUUAGUUUUCCUCUAUAAGGUCGUGAAGGUUCCUCGGGUUAUUUUAACACUGUAAAACCACUUCCUGUGCGAUAACGUAGAGAUGCAUCCACUUCCUCUGUUUUAUCUCCUUUUGUCGGGGAGGAGGAACGUGGACGUUAAUUCUAUUCUUCAGUGUUGGGACCUGACAUGUCAACAAUGACCUGAUAAUGUCAAGAAUGAUAAGAUCGUAGAGAUUAGAGGUGGAUGUGUGUUGAACAGAAAUAGAGAAAGUCAGAAAAUUCCAAGAUUUGAUGGCAUUUUUCUUGAAAUACAGUUGUUCAGGUUUGUCACUUUGUAUUCACUAAAGUGACCCAGUUCUGUGUCGUAGAGAACACAGCGUCUAGUUUUCAGUUUCAGGUUUUAAAAGUCAACCCCAAUGAAUAGUUUGUGCAGCCGGGUUUAUUUUACUGAAGCUUUUUUUGCUCAGUCAAUGAAAAGUAUAAAAGAAAAGCUACUUUAUACUAAAAGUGUGAAUUUGACAUCAGGAGUUUUAACCCGUACAUGAACUGAGCAGGACAUUGUACGGUUAAUUUCUGUGAAUUAGACACUUUGUGAAUCUAAACUAGGGCUGAAAAGGCUGUAAAUCCCUUUGUGUGUAUUGAAUUCAACCUUCUGCAACCCUGUGAGCUAUACAAAGGUUUUGGUGGUGAUUAGAUGACUUUAAACAGUGUCUGUAGCUGGUGUUUGGACUAAAUUGACAAUAUUUGACAUUGUGGUUUUAUCAAGACCUGGAGAAGAGUUUCAGACAACAACGAUACUGUCUUAAAACAUUUUGCUGUAAGGAAAUGAACUGUUUUGGAAAGGAUUUGUAACUGCAGUAUUGUUGACAUGAAUCAUAUCAAAUCACAAUCCCCAGAAAAAAGUAGCAACCCGAACUAGUGUGAAGAUUUAAGUCUUUCUGUCUUUUUUUGACACAAAAACAUCAAAAACGUAAUGUGACCCAGGAUGUUCAGCCUCUUGUGGAUCGGACUUUUUCCAGAUUCAGGUCUAAGAAUGAGUCCAAUGUCUGUUUUUGUCACAUUUCACUGUUUAUUUUGGAGCAAUAAUAUCUGAACAUCUGGGCCGAGGCCUGAUGUUUCACUGCCUUUUCUCGAUGCCUUGCCCGAGGGCUCAGAGCUGCAGAUGUGGCGCCCUCUGCUGGUGACAUUUUAUCCCUUGAAACCGAAGGGAAUGAAUUGAGUCUUAAUUCAGUUUGAGCAGGAAGCCGUGACUUGUAUGUUGUGUUUCUUGUUGUAAACGGCACUGUCCUGAUAUGAAUGCACUGUUCCCAGAAUGCACUGUGCUCCCCUCGAGCCAGGCAGGACGGAAAGACUUACCUGACGCGCUGAUGGCAGACGCAUUCAUGACCUCAACUAGGAAGAGUUUAAGACUGAAUUAAACAGAAAAAUAAGGGAAUAAAUCAACUGUGAUGAGUCAGUAUCAGUAAAUGCACAAAUUAUCAGGUAUUAGAUUUACAGUGAUUUUAAGAGUAAAGAAAAGAGAAUUUAAGGUUCACAGGUUAAGGCCUGUCGACCCCCAUGAUUGGUCAGUUUUCACGUGUCACAGCGUCCGUCCUGCCUGGUUCGUUUCACUUCCUGUGGCCUUGCCUCGUGCACAAACCUUUUUUCUGUUUGUUGUAGCGUUUCUGUCUAAAUGUGGUUUCCUGUGAAAAAAAAGAACUUCUGUGGUUUUUCUGGGUUUGUGCAAGAAGUCCAAACAGUUGUCUCAUGAAGCCACGCCCCAUUUGGUGAUGUCACAGCAGGUGUGUCUCUUUACGGUUUUACUCAGGGAUCCAUAAGAAAUGACACUCGCCAGAUAAUUUAUUAAUGGGACCGUUAUGUGAAAACCAACUGGGCUUAAUGAAGAAAAUGCACAGAUAAAAAUACAUGUUUUAAUAUGAUGCAAAGUGGUUAAGCCCCACCCCUUUUGAUGUCCCCCACAGGAUCCAAUUUCAGAGAAUAUGAUGAUCUGAAUCUUGGUUCAAUAUUACACAAUUAGAGGUGGAUAUUACUCAAAAAAAACUCCAUUAUGGAAGAAAAACAGAACAAAAUGUCUCAAUAGUGGUGAAAAUCAAUGCAAUUUCUUCUGUUCCAUCAGUUUAUUGACACAUUAAUUUCUUGACCAGACACAUUGUGAGUCUGAAACACCUGCUGUGAUUUCACUGAAUCCAAAUCCUGGAAUAGUUUCAGUUUUAAUCCUAAAUAUCAGAGCAAAUUGGAGUCACCGACUGAAAUGAGAUAAACCAGAUGAAUCCUUACGACGUGUUGAUCAGUGUGUUUCUGUUAAUGGACAGUUUGCACAAAACCACGUUAAUCUGCAUGAAAAACCUUCACCUGUGGUUUUAUAGUUAAAGUUUAGCAGAGCUGACGCCAAACAACAUCCAAUUAACAACCACUUAUGAAGAAUCACCAACUCUCUCAUGACUUAAUUCUUUUAGUGACUGUUUUUUUUUUCUUAUUUUUCCAGUAAUGGCAAACAUCUGCUUCUCUAAUGCAAUAGUUUGUUCCAUUUCUGCAUUUUUUUUUUUUAAAUGAGAAAUAUUUAAGUUCUCAGUCAUUGGUGAAAUAAAUAAUACCUUAACAUCUAAUAUCUAAGUUAAAUUGUUCAGUUUUUAUGAAGUCACUAUUAACUUCGGCACAUCAAAUCUGUACCAAAUUGUUACCGUUUGAUAAAGAUGAUUUGUUUUUGCUUUAAAUAAACCUUUAAAUUUCAUAUAAUUGGAAUAUUUACAACAACACAGAGAUUAUUAUUACAGAAAAUGCAAUGAUUCUGGGAGUUACACAAUUGGUUUCUGUUCAAUUGGUUAGAAUUUAUAGAGAUUAAAGCUGCAAUGUUGGUAAUUUUUAUACAUUUGUUCUAAUUUAUUUUAUAUCUAGAGAUUAUUAUUCACACUAAUAAAUUGAGUAUAUUUAUCUACUAUCAAAACAAAAGCAUCUAAACUUAUUUGGAAGCUGUAUUAUUUCUCAUUUGUCCAGAUGUUUUUGUUUCUGCUUUUAAUCCCAUAUUAGUUGUUGCAGCUCACGAUGGUAAAUAUUUAACCCAUCGUCUGCUGAGGCUCAGCUCUGUGUAAAACCAUUAUGUGUCUUUUAUCUUUGUGAAACAUCAGACUUUUCGAUAAUUUCAUCGUAUCGCGACCAAAUGCUGAGCGUCUGUAGCUCUGCUCUCUGUCGCCCUCUAGUGCCUCUACUGUCGUUCAGGAGACGUCGAGUGGAUCCGUGGAACCGCUCGAUCGAUAAAAUAAUCAGUUAUUUUCACAACUGAUCGAUAUUUUUUGACCCUUUCUUAUUUGGUCUUUUCCCCAUUUUUACCUUUUCUACGGCUCGAACCUGCACAUGAACCCAGAAUAAAUGCAGCAUCAAAAACAAAGUGCUAGUUUUAUCAUUUCUAUCUGUCACGUUGCCUUUUGCACUUUGUUGCUAAAUAAUAUUUUCCUGUCAAGGAGAGAAAAUGAAAUGUUUCCUGGCUGAUUAUCAAUAGACUUUUUUUUUUUUUUAAUUAGGAUCGAGUGAGUCACUGUAGUUACAAUUUGAGUUGUUUAAUUGUUAAUUAAUCUAGAAAAUAUCUGAAUAUAUUUGGUCAGUUUCCCUUUAGAGACUUUGCAUGAAAAAAAUAUAUAAAGAAAUCUCCCUUUAUUUGCUUGUAUUGUGAAGAAAAAUGCCCCAGUUUUGACCAUUUUCUACUGUUUUCAUUGUGGAUUUUAACCUUCGUGUUUUAAUCUCAAUCCAGUUCCAGUGGCUCAGACUGAUGUGGACUUUACAGAACCUUUAUGCGGUCUCACAGUAUUUUUUUUAUAUAUCUAUCUGCAGAUAUCUGUUGGAUUUGAUCUACAAUUCAGUAUUUCAUGUGAUUUCUUGUGUGAAAUUAACUGAAAUAAAAUGAUUG